AUGGGAGAAGAACUCACAAAUACUACGUGCCCUGGAAUGUGUCACUGUUCCUCUGAAGAUGAUAUUCAGUGUGAUGAGGCUGGCCUCACAAACCUUCCUCCAGACCUACCUGCAAGUGCGGUAUCUCUGGACUUGGCUGGCAAUCUGCUUCAGAUACUUACCUUUGAUGCUUUUAGAAGGGUCCCUUUUCUUGAGAUCCUUUGCUUAAGCCAGAACAGCCUGACUUUCCUUUACCCUGGAGCUUUUAUUGCACUCUAUAAUCUGAGAGAGUUAAACCUCAGCAAAAACCCCAGGCUUACCUACCUUCAUGCUCACACUUUCCGUGGUCUCUCCCACCUUCUCUCCCUGGAUCUGUCUCACUGCAAUAUCUUUGAAAUCCAUCCUCUUGUAUUUUCACACGUGUUAUCCUUGGAAAACCUUGACAUGGGCUUUAAUAAAAUGCGAUACAUUCCACAAGCCUUCAGGAAGCUUCAGAACAUCACAAGGCUAUCUCUGGAAAAAAAUCACAUAGAGGCAAUUGGAAUAAAUUCUUUUAAAUACCAACAUGCACUGAGAGAUCUAAAUCUGAGAAGGAACCGGAUUUGGGUGAUUCAAAUUGAUGCCUUUAACCAACUGAACAAAUUAAAUGUACUAAAUUUAGGGCAUAACUCUAUAUCUCAUUUCCCUAAUCAGCUUUUCAGUGGAUUAAUCCAGCUCAAGAUUAUGCACCUGGAAGCCAACAAGAUCGGCAGUGUCAACUGUUCCUUCAGCCGGCUAACUAACCUGAAAAAACUACAUCUAAACAACAACCAGAUAACAUGGAUCACACGCAAUGCUUUUGGCUCUUUAAAGCACGUGCAGCUACUUCAUCUUAGUAAAAAUAACUUGACCUCAAUGCCCAGUCAUUUGUUUUCCAGUAUGCCUAAACUCAGAUAUGUUUUCCUUUCCUUUAACCCUUGGAGCUGUGACUGUAGCAUGUCCUGGAUUGCCAGAUGGUUGGUAUCCUAUGAUGGCAUGAUACAGGGCAUGCACUGCAUGUAUGGGCUAGCUCACCAGAGUGCCUCCCAUGUCUAUAUGCAGAAUGGCAUUAUGUGCCUGCAGGAGGGAUUUACAGAGGGUGACUGUGUAGAAAGCUCAGAUCAGUUCCAGAAUGAAAAGUUUGAUCAGUGCCACAGACAUAUAAAUUACCAUUUUAGGAAGCACCACAGCAGUGUGUCCUUGUAUCACAUGUUAAUGUGCCCCAUUGGAUGGAUUGGAUGGAGCAGCAGCGUCAUGCUACUCAAUGAGGACAGCAAGACUUCAACAGAAAUAGUGAUUGCUUUGUGCAUCUAA